GCGGGGAGGGCCGGGCGCCGUCAGGGAGGGGCGCGAUGCACUUGUUGAAGCUGGACCGUCGCUGGAAUGUGAAGCAUGCCCGGCACCGUCUCCGGGACCCGGUGCCACGGGCGCCUGCUCCUCUGCCGUCCCGUUGCAGCGGGCGCGGGCAGCCCGGCGGUGCCGCCGGCAGGGCAGGGCGGCGCACGGAGCGGCUCCGGCGGCGAGAGCGGCCGGAGGUGUCGGGGCUCGGGAAGGAGCAGCGGCUGGCCUCGACCCACCGGCUGGGGAUUCGUACCGGGGCUCAGACACGCCCGCGCCCAGGAAAAAACCCUGGGGUUAAAUGUUCCACCAAGUGAGAAGAGUGAUGACCAUCCUUUUCUUUACUAUGGUUAUCUCAUACUUCACUUGCAUGAAAGCUGCCCCAAUGAAAGAAGCCAGUCUAAGAGGACAAGGCAGCUUGGCUUACCCAGGGCUCCGGACCCACGGGACUCUGGAGAGCAUCAACGGGCCCAGUGCUGGUUCCAGGGGCCUGACGUCGUUGGCAGACACUUUUGAACACGUCAUAGAGGAGCUUCUAGACGAGGAGCAGGACAUCCAGCCCAGCGAGGGAAACAAGGAUGCAGACUUGUACACAUCCCGAGUCAUGCUGAGCAGUCAAGUGCCUUUGGAACCCCCGCUGCUGUUCCUGCUGGAGGAGUACAAAAACUACCUGGAUGCCGCGAACAUGUCCAUGCGGGUGCGGCGGCACUCGGACCCGGCGCGCCGCGGGGAGCUGAGCGUGUGCGACAGCACCAGCGAGUGGGUGACGGCGGCGGAGAAAAAGACUGCGGUGGACAUGUCCGGGGCCACCGUCACCGUGCUGGAGAAAGUCCCCGUGCCCAAAGGCCAGCUGAAGCAAUACUUCUACGAGACCAAAUGCAACCCCAAGGGGUACACAAAGGAGGGCUGCAGGGGCAUAGACAAGAGGCACUGGAACUCGCAGUGCCGAACUACGCAGUCUUACGUGAGAGCUCUCACCAUGGAUAACAAAAAGAGAGUUGGCUGGCGCUUCAUAAGGAUAGACACUUCCUGUGUAUGUACAUUGACCAUUAAAAGGGGAAGAUAGUGCAUUCGUGUUGUAUAGAUUAUAUUGAGACAAAAUUAUCUAUUUGUAUAUAUACAUAACAGGGUAAAUUAUUCGGUAAAAAAUAAUUUUAUGGACUGCAUGUAUGACUGAAGUUUAUACAGUACAGUGGUUACACAAUCUAUUUAUUGAACAUAUUCAUGACCUGAAGGGGAACAAUAGUCAUUUGCGCACAA